UUUUAAAUUUUGAGGAGUGAGUUUUGAAAUUGCACCAAACUUUGAGAGCGUAUUUUCGUCAGCAGAGCAUAUAGCAUAUUCUUAGGGCACGCUUUAGUAUUGAAAAAAAAAAACAGACAAUCAAAGCCGGCUUCGUCUGUUGAUUUACGCGAAACUCUGCGGUUUCUAUUCUCUUUGAAGAUGCAUUCCAGUCACUUGCUUCUCGAAGAGCCGAUUCGGAUGGCUUCAAUCUUGGAGCCAUCCAAGGCCAGUUUCUUCCCUGCGAUGACGAAGAUUGUCGGAACACUUGGCCCUAAAUCUCGAUCUGUUGAUGUUAUAUCCGGUUGCCUCAAAGCUGGAAUGUCCGUGGCUAGGUUUGAUUUUUCAUGGGGUAACCCUGAGUACCAUCAAGAGACUUUGGAGAAUCUGAAGGCUGCUAUCAAGAGCACGAAGAAGCUUUGUGCUGUUAUGCUAGACACUGUGGGUGCGGAGUUGCAGGUUGUUAAUAAAAGUGAGAAAGCUAUUUCACUCAAGUCAGAUGCUUCUGUUGUUCUUACUCCUGAUCAAGGACAGGAAGCCUCUUCAGAACUGUUGCCCAUCAAUUUCAAUGGACUUUCUAAGGCAGUUAAGAAGGGAGACACCAUUUUCAUUGGUCAAUACUUGUUCACUGGAAGUGAGACUACCUCUGUAUGGCUGGAGGUUUCUGAAGUGAUGGGGGAUGAUGUAGUUUGUGUGAUAAAGAACUCUGCAACUUUGGCUGGUUCUUUAUUCACUUUGCAUGCCUCUCAAAUUCGUAUUGAAUUGCCAACCCUCUCUGAUAAAGAUAAGGAGGUUAUUAGUACUUGGGGAGUUCAAAACAAAAUUGACUUCUUAUCCUUGUCAUAUACUCGUCAUGCAGAAGAUGUGCGCCAGGCUAGGGAGUAUCUUUCAAAGUUGGGUGACCUCUAUCAAACUCAAAUUUUUGCUAAGAUUGAAAAUGUAGAGGGUCUGACUCAUUUUGAUGAGAUCCUUCAAGAAGCGGAUGGUAUUAUUCUUUCGCGUGGAAAUUUGGGUAUAGAUCUCCCACCUGAGAAGGUGUUCUUAUUUCAAAAAGCGGCUCUUUACAAGUGUAACAUGGCUGGAAAGCCUGCAGUUGUUACUCGUGUUGUGGACAGUAUGACUGACAACCUAAGACCUACUCGUGCAGAAGCCACUGAUGUUGCAAAUGCAGUUUUGGAUGGGAGUGAUGCAAUUCUUCUUGGUGCUGAGACUCUGCGUGGCUUGUACCCUGUUGAAACUAUCUCAAUUGUUGGUAAAAUUUGUGCUGAGGCAGAGAAGGUUUUCAAUCAAGACCUAUAUUUCAAGAAGACUGUUAAAUAUGUUGGAGAGCCAAUGACACACUUAGAAUCUAUUGCUUCCUCAGCGGUAAGGGCAGCCAUUAAGGUCAAGGCAUCUGUUAUUGUAUGCUUCACAUCAUCAGGAAGAGCUGCAAGGUUGAUUGCUAAGUAUAGGCCAACAAUGCCAGUUCUUUCAGUUGUUAUUCCCCGGCUUAAAACAAAUCAACUAAAAUGGAGCUUUAGUGGAGCCUUUGAGGCAAGGCAAUCUCUCAUUGUGAGAGGCCUCUUCCCCAUGCUUGCUGAUCCACGACAUCCAGCUGAGUCAACAAGUGCAACAAAUGAGUCUGUCUUAAAGGUUGCUCUUGAUCAUGGAAAGGCUUCUGGAGUAAUCAAAUCGCAUGACCGAGUUGUUGUUUGUCAGAAAGUUGGGGAUGCAUCUGUUGUUAAAAUCAUCGAGCUUGAAGAUUAAAAAAGGCAUUGUAGCCUCAUAAAAGGGUAUUUUUUUUUUCCUCCAAUUUUUUUGAAGUGGUGGUGGCAGACUCUAUGUUGGUGUUUCCUGUGAGGUGUAUCUCCAGGUUUUGGAGUCAAGUUUAUAAUGGAAAUGUAUUGAAAAAUAUGGUGGUUUGUAGGACAUGAAAGUCGAGGAAGAUAACUCGGCCGCUCCCCAAUAGUAGGUCGUAAGUUGUUUGCUGGUAUUUACACCAAAGCACAUGGUUUACAUGUGGGAUAAUUAUUACUUGAUUUACUAUUGCAAAGCUCAGCUUAACACCUUCUGAUGACUAA